GGCUCAGGCCGCUGGGCAAGAAAAAAAAAACUGUUAUCAGGCACACAAAUGUUUGCUGAUCUGCAACUGGUCGAGCAGCAUUCAUUAAAGCAGGCCAUACAGGUUCUUCCAACUUUGAGACGAUGUAAUUUUGGCAGCAGAAAUUGACUCCCAUUUCACUCGGAGGGACACGAGAAGCAGCAAACAUGGCUCUCGAGAAGGUGAGCGUCGUCUUCAAAGUGUACUGCCUGACAGUGAUGACACUGGUGGCGGCUACAUACACGGUGACGCUGCGGUACACGAGGACCGUCUCGUCAGACAUGUACUUCUCCACCACGGCGGUGUGCGUCUCCGAGCUCAUCAAGUUGGUGCUCAGCCUGGGGAUGCUGUCCAAAGAAACAGGAAGCCCCACCAGACUGAAGAACGUUUUAGUGGAACACGUGUUCUGCAGCCCAAAAGAACUGCUGAAGCUGAGCGUGCCGUCCAUAGUGUACGCAGUUCAGAAUAACAUGGCGUUUCUUGCCUUGAGCAACCUUGACGCAGCAGUGUAUCAGGUGACCUAUCAGCUGAAGAUCCCGUGCACGGCCUUGUGCACCGUCCUCAUGCUGAACCGAUCUCUGAGUCGGCUGCAGUGGUUCUCGGUCUUCAUGCUUUGCGGCGGCGUAACACUCGUCCAAUGGAAGCCUGCACAGUCCACCAAGGUUCAGAUUGAGCAAAAUCCUUUUCUCGGGUUCGUUGCCAUCGCCAUUGCUGUCGUUUGUUCAGGGUUUGCAGGCGUGUACUUUGAGAAGGUGUUGAAGAGCUCUGACACGUCUCUGUGGGUGAGAAACAUCCAGAUGUACAUCUCCGGUAUUGUGGUCACACUGAUUGGUGUUUACAUAAACGAUGGCGAGAAGGUCCUGGAGAACGGUUUCUUCUUCGGCUACACGCCCAUGGUGUGCUUCGUAGUGCUACUGGCCAGCGUGGGCGGCCUGUACACGUCGGUGGUCGUGAAGUACACCGACAACAUCAUGAAAGGCUUCUCUGCUGCAGCCGCCAUUGUUCUCUCAACGGUGGCGUCUGUCUUCAUGUUUGGAUUGCAGAUAACAUUCUCAUUCGCCUCCGGAGCUCUCUUGGUGUGUGUGUCCAUCUACUUGUAUGGACUUCCAAAGACUGAAACAUCGAAGCUGAACCGGCAAGACGACGACAAGCAUUCCAAACAGAGGCUGAUCACCGUGUGAGCCGCCAACCUGCAGCAGUCAGUCUCGGUCCGUUUUUUCCCAGCGGCCUGAACGAGGUCCGGCCCUUCGGAGCGAAAUGAGAAACUCUGUUCCGUUGUCGGUGUGUUCAGUUCACUACAUAGACUGCAACUUUCGGUCCACUUCAAUGUACAAUACAAUCUUUCCGUUGAUGAGAAGAAAAGAAAAAAAACUUGAUCUUAAACAUGCUUGCUCAAAUUUGUAAAUGUUAUGAUGCAAUAUGCGAAGCUUUAAUUCCUUCCAGCCAUGCUGGAGCAAUAAGCAGCAGCGGGACCUUGUUGUGAUUCACCCAUCUAUCUGUUCUAGGGGAAGAAUGAAUAUCACAACUCAGUGAGUUGUUUUUUGGGGGGGGGUAAUUUGUCUUUUUCACUGCAAUUUUAUUGUCCUCUGUCCAUAUCAAAUGCUGUGGAUUCUGAACAUGACAACUGUGAUUAUUAAGUUUACGAUGGCAUCACAUCGGUGUUGCAUUCUGUUUUGAACGUCACAGUAAAAGCAAACUAUUUUGCUCAUUGUGACGCCUUGCCCUUCUCUAAAGAAACCAGAUCCAGUUGGACCGGUCUGAUUAGGAUGGGUUUGUUUAUUCGCUUACGUACGUAAUCACUCCGUGCAAUAGGAGUUGUUACAUCCCACUGCAUUUUGUGUUUGGAUAGAAUGUGUCAGCAGACAAUGAAUACUGAGUGACUCGCUGGUGAGUAAUUGUGUUUGAUUCCAAUCUGUAAAUGGAAAAUACCUGAGACAAUAGAAGCAACAUGGUAUUUAUUUAACUGUUGUACCUACAGCAGUUUCACAUUUGAUCAACUGGUGUGAUGCCCAGGAUCUUCAUCCCAUUGGCCAGGACUGAGCGGGCCCCACUGAACAGCCGUAACCUUGCCUGUUGACAUUCAGCAAAUGAGAUGAAGUACAAUUUUUUUUAAAUACACGUUUCCUUUUUGCCAUUAAUAUUUGUAUGAAUCGGGAUGGAAUUUUGUAUCAGUCUUCAGGCUUUUGCUCAUUAUUGCAUUAAAAGACUGAUGUUUUUCUGUGACUUAAUGCA